AUGAAAACAUUCACAGGACUUUGCAUAGCUACUGCAUCAGCAUUAUUCCUCAUUGAGUCGUCAUCAGUAUUUGCUGCUAGCAGCAUUUCAGUCAGUAAAAUAGAACACCAUUCACGCUUAUCGAAUGAGCAUUUCGAUCUGAAUUCACUUGCGUGGACGUUCCGUAAUGAGAACGCUUCAAUAAAAGGCCGCGCAACCGUUCCGGGUGAUAUCUACACGGAUCUAUUCAACAACAACUUCAUUGGCAAUCCGCUGAACGCGAAUAACGACGAGAAACUGCGAUGGAUAGCGCGUUUGGAUUGGAUUUAUGAAUGCGAAUUCUAUUUGCCUGAACGAUGGAAAAUGUUCAGAAGUGUUUUGUUGAACGCACAAGGACUCGACACUGUGGCCAGUGUGUAUCUGAAUGAGUGGAAGAUCUUACGUUCAAACAACCAGUUUCAUACCUUCCUCGUGCCACUAGAAAGUUGGAGAGUUGGACGUAAUAGUAUUCGUAUUCAUUUCAAAUCACCAAUUCAUUAUGCGAAACGACAGUCCAACGAGUACCAUGUCACGUCCCAUCACGAUAUACCACCAAUAUGUCCACCAUCAAUUUAUCGUGGUGAUUGUCACAUCAAUUUUAUGAGGAAGAUUCAGUCGAGUUUUGCUUGGGACUGGGGACCCACAUUCCCAACAGUUGGAAUUUGGCAAGCGAUAUCGUUAGAG